CCGUGGCUGGCGCCGCGCGGGGUCACGGCGGCGGAAGCGGAAGUGGCUUUUGACGGGCCGGGUGCUGCCGCUGUCGCCAUCAUGGUGGGCAAAGGGGCCUCCCGCGUACCGGAUCGGUGGACCAACUACGUGCCGCUGGGCAGGAGGAUGCCGGGCACCCGCUUCAUCGCCUUCAAGGUCCCCCUGAAGACGAGCUUUAAUCGGAACCUUCAUCCAGAGGAGAGAUUUUCACCUCAUGACCUCAUUAAGAAAAUCAAAGAGCAGAAGGAAGAACUGGGCCUGAUCAUUGACUUGACGUACACAACACGCUAUUACGGGCCAGAGGAGCUCCCAGACACACUCUGCUACUCGAAGAUCUUGACAAUGGGACAUGAAAUACCAAACAAGCAAACCAUUUUUCAAUUCAAAUGUGUUGUAAAAAAGUUCCUGAGAGACAACAAAGACAACGAUAAACUCAUCGGAGUUCAUUGCACGCAUGGCUUAAACAGAACUGGCUACCUGGUUUGUAGGUACCUGAUUGAUGUUGAAGGCAUGGAGCCAAAUACUGCAAUAGAGUUGUUCAACAGGGCUCGAGGGCAUCCUAUAGAGAGAACCAACUAUAUCCAAGACCUUCGGAAGAGAUCUGUAAAAAAGAACUGUGGACUAAAGAAUUUGGGAUCGGGCCCCUUCAGAGAAAAAGCCAGCGCUACACCAAAUGCUGAAAAGCAGAAGAUCAAACAUCGUCCACAUUGUUCAGACCAAGCCCCUUUAGCAGUGCCCAGAAACUCCGGCAAAACCAAGAAGAAACGCCAGCGAGGCGCCAAGGUGCAGGAACAACACCAGGAGCUGGCUCACGAGCCCAGGGCGACGGAGCAAAGGCGGCCAUGCGGUUUGGCAGCCAGGAACUGCCGGGUUUCGUUGCCCGCUAACAAGCGGCAGAAGGGACUCUGUUUUUCCCCCCUGAGCCCCCACCUCUGCCCGCCCCAGGAAGCGCAAGAGGUCAAGAAACGCAGGCGCCGGCGUAAGAAACCGGCUGUGAUGGAGUAGGGAACGCUGUGCGCGGGGAAAGCCCGUGCAGGGCUGCGUCCUCGCCCCCAAGGAGCUCCGAGACGGGUCUGCGGCCGCUUGAACGAGCGGCUUUGCUGUAACCACCAGCAGUCGGGAAGGGCAAAUGCAGGUGUUCUUGAUCUUAACACAGCUCUUUUUUAAAAAUUU